AAUUGGUCCUCCAGCUCCGGCUCCGUUGCUUCAAAAAGCCGGGGAGAGGUGAGGGAAACGCAGGAUCCCGACGAUGGAGCAUUUCUAGGAGAUAACGGCGCACUCCCCCGUCGGAGAUGAUUUAACAUCGUCAUCUACAUGACCAAAGAAACACGAACGGCAACCGUAACAAUCAUGCAAUUUAAAUACAGACGAAUCUGAGCAAACCGCCUCAAGGUUAAAACGCUUUGAAGACGCCCCUACAUCUCCCUUGUCACAGAUCAGCUGGCGUAAGGUUAGUUGAUCAUCACCCGGUACCCGACCAUGUCCGUGGAAGAGCAGGUUUACCCCGACGCAAUGGUGCUGCGUGAAGCCGGUCCUGAGUGGAUGCGAGUCGAGAUCGAGCGUCUCGCCCGGGAGCUGAGUGAGACAACGAACGAGAAGAUCCAGGCGGCGGAGUACGGGCUGGCGGUGCUGGAGGAGAAGCAGCAGCUCAAACAGCAGUACGAUGACCUGGAGAUUGAGUACGAGACCGUCAGGCAGGAGCUGGACCAACUAAAAGAGGCCUUUGGACAAGCUUACUCCAACCACAGGAAGGUGGCAGCUGAUGGAGAGAGUCGUGAAGAGUCUCUGAUCCAGGAGUCGGCCUCGAAGGAGGCCUACUACGAGCAGAGGGUCCUGGAGCUGCAGACCGAGCUCCGCCAGACACGGAACAUCCUCACCAAUACCCAGUCUGAGAACGAACGCCUGAACACCAUCUUCCAGGAGAUGAGAGAGAACAUCCAGAUGGUGGAGCUCCAGAGGAAUCAGCUGCGUGACGACAUCAAGGAGUACAAGUUCCUGGAGGCUCGUCUGCUGCAGGACUACACCGAGCUGGAGGAGGAGAACAUCUCACUGCAGAAGCAGGUGUCCGUGCUCAAACAGAGCCAGGUGGAGUUUGAGGGUCUGAAGCAUGAAAUCCGUCGUCUCGAGGAGGACACUCAGUUCCUCAACAGCCAGCUGGAAGACGCCAUCCGCCUGAAAGAGAUCUCUGAGCGACAGCUGAGCGAGGCGCUGGAGACCAUCAAGACCGAACGUGAGCUAAAAGCAUCCCUGAGGAAAGAGCUCUCCCACUACAUGAACAUCGGAGACUCUCUGUAUCACAGUCCUCUGAGCAUUUCUCUGGAUGGUCUCAAGUUCAGCGAGGACGCCUCGACCGAACCGAACAACGACGAGGCUCUGCACGAAUUUGAGAAUGGAUUCACCAAACUCGCCAACGCCAUCAACUACGACAACUGUGUGUCCACGCCUAAGAAGGAAGACCUCUUCAAUCCUGCACCCAGCCUGGUAGACGAUCUGCUGAGCGAACUGAACAUCUCAGAGAUCCAGAAGCUCAAACAGCAGCUGAUGCAGAUGGAGCGGGAGAAGGUCAACCUGCUGUCCACCCUGCAGGAAUCUCAGAAACAGCUCGAACAGGCUAACGGUGCUCUGUCAGAGCAUCAGGAGAAGGUCAACCGCCUCACAGAGAACCUCAACGCCAUCCGCAAACUCCAGGCCAGCAAGGAGCGCCAGUCUGCCUUGGAUAACGAGAAAGAGCGUGAUAGCCAUGAAGACGGAGACUACUACGAGGUGGACAUCAACGGACCUGAGAUCCUGGAGUGCAAGUACAAGGUUGCCGUGUCAGAGGCGGGAGAGCUGAAAGAGGAACUGAAGACUCUGAAGACAGAAUACCAGGCCUGUCAGUCACGCUAUGACGAGGAGCGCACCCGUCUAGAGAUCGACGUCACAACGCUGGGAGAGAAGCUGGCGUCUCUGGAGAGGACGAGUCAUGCAGAGAAAGAACAGAAGAAUAAGCUUGAGAAGGAGCUGCGCAAGUUGAGUGACGUGGCCGGUGAGUCCCAGGGCAGUCUGAGUGUGGCACAGGAUGAGCUCGUCACCUUCAGUGAAGAACUGGCCACUCUCUACAACCACGUCUGCAUGUGCAACAACGAGACACCCAACCGCGUCAUGCUGGACUUCUACAAGGAAGGUAAGGGGGGGCGGAGCAGCCCAGAGGGCCGUGGCCGCCGUUCUCCCAUUCUCCUCACCAAGGGCCUUUUCCCUGAGCCUGGUAAGACCGACCUGAGCGACGGAGCUCCUUCACCAGUCUCCUCUCUGCCUUCUCCCGUAUCUGACCACCGCCGCGAGCCAAUGAACAUCUACAACCUGGUGGCCAUCAUCAGAGACCAGAUCAAGCACCUGCAGCUCGCUGUGGACCGCACCACAGAGCUGUCCCGCCAGAGGGUGGCCUCUCUGGAGUACGGCACCGUUGCUGACAAAGACAAGGAAGCCUGCAUGGAGGAGAUUCUCAAACUGAAAUCUCUGCUCAGCACCAAGAGGGAACAGAUCGCCACCCUGAGGACUGUCCUCAAGGCCAACAAGCAGACAGCUGAGGUUGCUCUGGCCAAUCUGAAGAGCAAGUAUGAGAACGAGAAGGCCAUGGUGACGGAGACCAUGAUGAAGCUGAGGAAUGAGCUCAAAGCCCUGAAGGAAGAUGCCGCCACCUUUUCUUCUCUUCGGGCCAUGUUCGCCACACGUUGUGACGAGUACGUCACUCAGCUGGACGAGAUGCAGAGGCAGCUGGCUGCAGCAGAGGACGAGAAGAAGACCCUCAACUCCCUGCUGCGCAUGGCCAUCCAGCAGAAACUGGCCCUGACCCAGCGGCUGGAAGACCUGGAGUUUGACCACGAGCAGACCCGCCGGGGAAGCAGCGGACGGGCUAAGCUCCGCAGCAGGGCCGCCAACGGCUCCUCCAACGGCACCACCAACAACCCCCACGUAAGUCAGAGUCUCACCUGCUCUGGCUCUGGCCGCCCUGAGCCCAACAAUGCCAUGCCCAAUGGCAUUCUGGGAGGCCCUGUGGUCUUUUGCAGCGAGAAGUACAAGAUCUACUGCGACUGAGGCUGCUGAGAAGUGUCCACGGGACUGCUGUGUACAGAGGGGAGGGGUCACACCCUCCCUGCCUUAGUGUUAAAGAGCCCCACUUGCUCGCUUAGCUCCCUGGCCAGCCUGCGCUCCUCUAGGGACUGCUGUGUGACUAACCAGCUGCUCGUGUGUGCUAGUGUAAACGCUUGGGGGAAUGCAGGUGUAUGUACAGUGUGCACUAGACGUCUGGACUGUAGUAGACAUAUAAGGCAUGUGGAUUAUAGGGCCCCGGUUAUAUUGGGGGUUUUGUGGAUAUUAUGGAGUGUCUAUUCUUUCCGCUGUCAUAGUGCUGUACGUAUGUAAAAGAUGGCAUCUUUUGUGCUUGUGUUCUGGUCCCCUGAGUGUAUUGCCUGGUAUCAGUAACACAUUGUGGGCGUGGGGACUUGUAAGGAGGAUGUCAGUCUAACGGUCUUGUGACUUGAUAUGACAUCCUCUGCUCUUCAGCCUGUCUGUCGGCACUGGUGCUCCUUUAUAGACCCCAGGGUUGACCUGUGUCCAGCAGCCCUCUCUCUCUAAUCAGGUCAUUGUUCAAGAAAAAAGGAACUUUGGAGAAAACAAAGGAUCUUAAAUAUGCAAUCUCCCUCUGCUUUGCUGCCGAGGGAGCUCCGUGUGAUUCUACAAAGAAAUACAAAAUCACAGAAGUGGAUUGGCUGCUGGUUUUCUGGUGGAACAGUAUGGGCAACAAAAAAAAAAGGAGCACCUGUGACCGCAGGUGUUUUUUUCAGGAUGAUUUAUAAGCUGUGAUGCUAGCACACCAAUACUAUAGGGUCAGUAGAAUCGCAUGGCUUUGCAGCUGAAAACGCUUAUGAGCUUUUUAACUGUAUUUUUUUUAUUGUCCGGUGUGUGGUACAAGAGGAUGUAUAACAGGGCUCUACAUUGUGUGAAGAAAAGUUAUUUGGUGUGUGGUGAAUCACAGGAGGGCUAAUCCAUGUGUCCAGGAUUCUUCCAGAGCCAUAUAUCCUAAGAGAGAAAGAAGGUUCGACAAAUCGAUCUCCACACCCGAAAUUAAGUGCACUUCAGCAAAAGGUGCCUCAGGUUCCUUACUUCUCUUAAAAUGGAUUUAAUGAUGAUUACUGUGAGCAGAGAUACAAUAUAGUUUUGAUCAAAGAUGAUUUUUUAAAUAUGGAGCAAAUUCUAGAAGAGCACAAAUCAAACCGGCACCCACACGUGUGGAUAACACGUCUGCAAAAGAAACAAAACCGACCACUCGGCAAAAGUGCCUGUCGACCCAAACGCUUGAUAUAUUUAUCUAUCUGUUGAUGUAAAGCCCUGUCUGUGUGUCUCCACUUAAACUGUCACUAUUUCUUCCUUCUCUCCCCAAUUUUCUGUGUCCUCUCUCUCUCUCCAAGAGAUCUGAAUCAUUUCUGUGUGGCUCUGUGGCUAAAAAACCUUUCCUCAUGUCUCUAAUCUGUGUACUGUCGCUCAGUCCCCUUGACCACCUCUUCUCUUUUUAGAUUGUCAGCAGCUUGCUCCCCCCACGUCACCACUCACCCUUUAACUAGAAAGAGGAAUUGCGAGGAAAAAAAAGCCCUCUAUAUAUUUUUGUCAGGUAACGUCCUCCUCACGUAUGUUGUGCUCCUGCUAUCUGCCUGUGUGACAGUGAGCGUUCAAGUGAAGGGCCCUCAUGUGUGUGUUAUGUUUCUAACAUGGAGGGUCGCUGAUUCCUUUUCUUUUUUUGGGUGUGUGAGGACAAAACCAUGUACUGUUUUAGUAUCAACAAUAGCUUUAACCCUUUGCAAGCUAGCGUUACGCAAAUAGGAAAAAUAUAAGUGGGGCUUGUGUUUGAUAAAUCCAUGUACUGCUUGUGGAUCAUAGACACAUUAGCUUUAUGAUGCUAAAAGCAGGGUUGAUGUGAGGGAUUCCUGCAAGAUUAAUCAAAUGAUGCAUUUUCUACUACUCCUAAGCUAUAUAGCAAACUCUAUAUUCUUGAUACAAUCUUGUUCAGGUUAUAAUCUUGCAGGACCCUAUAACAGUAUUCCUUCCUCUCAAAUGUAAAGAGAGGAAGCUCAAUUGUUCCUCUGAAUAAGGAACAAUGUCAGCGGUCAACCCUGCUUGAGUGUGCAUCCAUAAGCCCGAGCACACAGCAUGGAGACGAGGCUUUGUACACAUUAGAGCAAAAGAAGAAAAAAAAAAAGCGACCUCCUCGGAGGUUUAUCACUCCUAAGUUUAAGAUUCACCUAACUUACAAGUGUGAUACAUUCUGUUUCUAUCAGUUUGCGCUGACUGAGAAAAGACACGGGGAGUAGAGAGGGAGAGAACAACUCAUGUUGUAAAGCUUCCUCCUGAGAGAGGAGAUAAGAAACCCAGACAUGCUGGUGAAGAAAGCCAGACGACUGGCUGAGAGCUGACUCUGAUACUGUGGACGAAAGAGUCCGGGGGUUUCCUGAGGGAGAAGCUCCUGUAUGUGUUGGAGGAAAAAUGAAACAUAAAUACCGGAGACUGGUUGCUCAAUCAACCAGAGGACAUUGAUUCAAAUUAGUCGAGCUCCUAACCCUUCUUCUUGUAUAGGCUCAGUGGACUCACUGAGCAGUAGAUAGACACCCAGGAUGUGAUCGUGACUCUAGAUAGAUGAAUUCCCACUUUGCUCCUCCUAGUUUGAAAUCAAUGUCUAAUGUGGUGUCAUAACAGCAUGCCACCUUUAAAAAGAAAAAAGUCCUCCUACCUCUGCUUGCAGGCUCCUCCGACCUCACCUUUAAGUUCAACGUCACUUGAAUCCUCUAGUUUGUCAUUCAUAGUAAGCCUGCAUGUCAAAAACAUUACCCAUUCUUUAUUAACGUGCAUGGCAUAUGAGAAACACCGAUCCCCUCUGACUUGGGUGGUGGGUUUGGCUUCAAAGCUGUCCUUGGUAUUCAUGAGUCACUGGCUUCCUUAACAGCACCCGCAGGAUAAUUUGUGUUUGAAUCUGCUUUGACAUCAGAAACAUAUCGACCAUGUCAAUAUGACUAAAAUAGCACUGGCUGCUUCAGGGCUCCUAACGUGGCUUCUGUUGCUUUGACUAACAUCAGCCCGCUGCCUGCUUCAUCUGUGUGGACUCAGCUGCUGAGCAUUUUAACCGUCGCUCUGAACUGACAAACGAUGCUAACGCUGAUCAUAUGUCUGUUUCUCCAUUUUGCAGUAAAUACAGUAGUUCUGCGUGGAUGAUGAAGUACCAACACAAGAUCCAUUCUCACUGCUGAUUGAGCUCUGAUAAACCGUUUGGGCUUAAAGAUUUAAAAAAAACAAAAACCUUAAACACUGAUUUAGAGUCAAUUUAACUGUUCCUGCUUAUUUCAGUCAAAUCUGAUGUUUGUCGAGAAAGCAAUAAUAAUCAUGCUGCUGCUGCUGCUGCUGGAAGCCAAUUUCUCACAGGUCCAUUAAACUGAGUUUGUGAUUGGCUGAUCUAACCCUCCAAUGACAAGUCAGGGGACAUGGGGUUGUUUCUCAGUGUAAAUCAACAAGCUGUUUGGUCUGGUUUCAUCUUUUGUUUUUAUUUCUUGUUUAUUGUUUUGUUUAAUCUGUGCACUUUCAUUAUAUAGGAUUAUAACAGACUAUUAUUAACCAAUAGGAAAGCGUAGUAGUACUAUGGUUUGUGAGUUAUUCAGCGUAGGUUAUAAGAUUAAACGUCCUCCUGAAUCUUCUUCAGUAACAGAAACUAUUUACUCCAGUAACCGCUCCACAAACCACAGACCUACUAGCACGACUUUAUCCUCGAGAUUUUUACCCAUCAAGUAAUCAUUCUUCGAUUGUUUUGUUACAUCGUAUGUUAUUCUGUUGGUUUUCUUUAUGUUUGUUCUACUGCCAUGUUCUAUACAAAAAAUCCAGGGUGAUCAAAUUCUGGGGUUUUUUCAUGUAUUUAUUAUUCCUAGGAAUAGUUCAAAAUAACGCAAUGAAACUUGACGACGCUCUGACUCAAUUAGGUAAGUUGUGUUUUGGGAAAACUUUGAGUGACAUGAUACGCUUUUUUCCCUAACCUCUUACCGAGGGCGUUCCACUGAAACAGGAUCACUGGCUUUCAGAAUUCUCUGCAAGUGCGACAAUUAAAUUCCAAAUUGGAAUUGUUUCAUUCUCUCUUCGUUUAUCGUGCCAAAUCUUGGUACACCGUUUAGGUUGAAAAGAAUCAAGACUGGGAAUUAAGACAAACCGUCUCUGAGAAAGAUACGGUCCGGGCUGUCUGUGCUAGCGCCGGGUUUUGAUUUUGGUUUGUUUCAUUCUUCGUUUCUGACCAGUAGUGCCUUUCGUUGUGUCGAGAGAGAAUCUUAGAUUAGUAUUUUAUGUUUUAUUUUUUUUAUAAAGGUGAGGACUUCGGGUUCAAAAUGACUGUGAGCAGCAAUACGUGCAAAGGGAAAUUGUCCCCUGUCUGCAUGAGUGAGAUGAUAGUUAUGAAAUUAGCUCAAUAAAACUGAAAUUGCAUUGAAUUCUGCAGGUCAGUGAUCCGUUCAAUAAAUUCAGGGGUAUUAUUGAAAGGUUGUUUUUUAUCAAACUUUGGGAACCAAAAGAAAUCCCUUUGGCCUCCUGUUAUUGAACAAAUGCUCCAAACAUGUGUAAAGUGUUGGGGUUCAUCAGUGUACUAUUGGAAACAUCUAUGUAACUCUAGCUUUGUUUGGUGAAGGUAAUGUGAUAUCAAUAGUAUUGUUGAAAAAUGUGCAGAGAGCGCAUUUAAUCUUUCUUUUUUUGUCCAAUUUGAUUUUUGUUUGUCGUUUUUAUAUUCUUUUUUUUUUACAUCAUCUUUAAGCAUCAUGUUUUCAGUAAACAGAAAACGAAAAGAAGCAUCAACAAGCUUGAAUAGUGCCAUUAUAGCCAAUGCUUGUUUGUUGAGGCGUUAAAGUUACAAAUAUGGACGAGAAGCUACAAAACUAAAGUGCAAUUCAGAUGCUGUUUUACAUUGAAAAGAGAAGAAAAGGUUUUCUGUUUGCUGGAAGCGAUAGCAUCGUGAUAUUAAACUAGCUGUGCAAACUUUAUAUUGUCAUAUUGUGUUCCAGUAUUGAUCCAUAAUGAGAGUUUGAUAUCUUUAUAUGAAUAACGACUUCACCUGUAUGUUGGUAUUUAUUUGAAUCGUCAUGCAGUACUGUAUUCUUAUCAAUAAUGUGCAUUAUGAUUAGUGGCAUAUUGAUUACAGCUAAAUGUCAUAUGCAUGUUCCUCAGUCAUGGGACCUUUACACAGAAUUGAAAACAAACAUGUAAACUUUUAUCAGGGAGUUACAAAUUAUGGAGGAAACAAAAUGAAAAGAGAAGGCAAAGUCUGAUGUAUUACUGCUGAACUAAUCCUUUGAAAAGUGUUUUGUUUGUUUUCUGGUAGGGAGGGGGUUUCUCUGUGUAAAGGUAGUCAUACUGGCUAAAAUCAAUAAAUGUGACUUAAGUUCCAAA